AUGGAAUCCUCGUUACAGCUGCAGAGCAACCUCCGCACGGUCCUCCCGUUCGUCUUGUCCUUCGUGGCCGCGGCCAUCUCCAGCGCCGGGGGCGUCGGCGUCGGCGGCGGCUCGCUGUACGUGCCUAUCCUCAACGUCGUGGCCGGGCUCAGCAUCAAGACGUCGACGGCGUUCUCUACCUUCAUGGUCACCGGCGGCACGCUAUCCAACGUGCUCUACACCCUACUGGUCCGCGGGUCCAGGCCGGAUGGCCAGCCGCUGAUCGACUACGACAUCGCGGUGGUCUCGCAGCCGUGCCUCCUCCUCGGAGUGAGCGUCGGGGUGGCGUGCAGCGUCAUGUUCCCCGAGUGGCUCAUCUUCGCGCUUUUCUCUGCGUUCCUGUCUUUGGCGACGUUCAAGACGUAUCGCACCGGGAUGAGGCGGUGGCGCGGCGAGACGGAGGCGAGGAGGAGGGUGUUCGAGGGAGCAACCGCCGGAGAGGGCAUAGAGGAAGGGCUUAUCGGCCGGAAGGGCCACGGGUGUCACUGGAUGGACUUGGUGGUGCUUGGCACGGUCUGGCUUUUCUUCUUCAUCAUUCACUUGUUCAUCAGAGGUGAGGGCGCCAAGGGGGUAUUUGACAUGCAGACAUGUAGAGUUGCAUACUGGCUCAUCACCGUGGCCCAGAUCCCUAUCGCCGUUGCAUUCACAGCGUGUAUUGUGCACCAGAAAAGAAAACUACAAACUCAAAACUGCCAGGUGGUUGAGCUGGCAAUUGCAGUGAAGAGCAGACUGGAUGCUAUGCCGGUGUACGUCUUCUCAGUGGCUGCUCUGCUGACCGGCGUCAUGAGUGGCCUCUUUGGCAUCGGAGGUGGCCUGCUUCUGAACCCUGUCCUACUCCAAACUGGAGUACCUCCAAAAACAGCGUCAGCGACGACGAUGUUUAUGGUUCUUUUCUGCGCAUCCAUGUCGAUGGUCCAGUUCAUAAUCCUGGGCGUUGACGGGAUCGCGGGGGCGUUGGUCUAUGCCGCCGCCUGCUUCGUAGGUUCGAUCUUCGGACUGGUUGUGAUCGAGGGCGCCAUGAGGAAGUCGGGCAGGGUUUCGCUCAUCGUCCUAUUGGUUGCUGCCGUCUUGGCUGUCAGCAAAGGCGGCAUCGCUUACUCCGGCGCAGUUCGUGUCUGGGCGCAGUACACGAGCGGGCAGUACAUGGGCUUCGAGCUCCCCUGCUAG